AUGCUAAACCGGAGUUGUUUUCCGGCUGGUUUUCUAUUUGGAGCUGGAUCAAGUGCCUACCAGUAUGAAGGAGCAGCAUCUGUAGACGGCAGAACAAGAAGUAUCUGGGAUACUUUUGUUAUUGAGUACCCAGAAAAAAUUUCGGAUCAUAGUACUGGGGAUGUAGCUGAAGACUUCUACUAUCUCUAUAAGGAUGAUAUCGCUCUGAUGAAAGAAAUUGGUUUAGACUCAUUCAAAUUCUCCAUCUCCUGGUCUAGAAUUUUGCCUCAGGGAAAACUCAGCAGGGGAGUGAAUUGGGAAGGUGUCAAAUUCUACAACGAUCUCAUCGAUGAGCUCUUGUCAAACGGUAUAGAACCUUUCGCAACAAUAUUCCACUGGGAUCUUCCGCAAACCCUGGAAGAUGAAUACGGUGGAUUUUUGAGCCCUGAUGUUGUGGAUGAUUUUCGCGAUUAUGCUGAUUUCUGCUUCAAAAUAUUUGGCGAUAGAGUAAAGAAUUGGAUUACUUUGAAUGAACCAAACUUAUUUAGUAUGUCUGGCUAUGCACUCGGAGACUGGGCACCUGGUCGUUGAAACUCUGCAACCGAGCCCUAUUUAGUGGCACACCAUCUCAUUCUUUCUCAUGAAACUGCUGCAAAUUUAUACAGGCACAAGUAUCAGGCUUGUCAAAUGGGAAGAAUUGGGUUAGUAGUAAGUGCCAUUUGGUUCAAACCUAAAUAUCAAACAAAAUCUUGCAGAAAAGCUGCCCAUAGAGCUCUCGACUUUUUUGUUGGAUGGAUUGUGCAUCCAAUGGUAUACGGUGACUACCCAAAGAGCAUGCGACAAUUAGUUGGGAAUAGGCUGCCAAAUUUCAAAGCUCAACAAUCUGCUCUGGUAAAGGGUUCCCUCGAUUUUCUAGGAGUAAAUUAUUAUACCGCCAGGUAUGCAGAAGACUCUAAUACUACCAGCAUUUUUCUAAGCUACACAACAGAUAGUCAUGUUAACUUGUCCGCUGAGAAAAAUGGGAUUCCUAUUGGCGAACCGACGGAUUGCAGUUGGCUUUAUAUGUACCCAAAGGGAAUAAGACAAAUAUCACUUUAUAUAAAGAAAAAAUACAACCUCCCCAUAUAUAUUACUGAGAAUGGAGUGGCAGAUACAAGUAAUAGUUCAAUAACAAUAGAGGAAGCCCUCAAGGAUGGCAUAAGAAUAAAAUAUCACCAGCUUCACCUAUCGUAUCUCCUACAAGCUAUCAAGAUGGGUGCUGAUAUUAGAGGCUACUCUGUAUGGUCAUUCAUGGAUGACUUUGAAUGGUCAGCUGGUUACACUUAUCGUUUUGGCUUCAUUUAUGUGGAUUUUAACAACAAGUUGAAAAGAUAUCUCAAAGACUCGGCUUCCUGGUACAAAAACAUCCUCCAAAGAGACAAUGCAACCACCGAGCACUCUUCUUCAUUCUCAUUCUAA